ACACUUUCCUCCUCCUCCUCCCUCUCAUCCUCUCCUCAACCCUAUCAAUGGCAGCCUACGACGUGACGCGCUUCGGUGCGAAACCCGACGGCCGAACUGACUCAGCCAAGGCGUUCUUGACAGCAUGGGCGAAAGCCUGCAGCUCAAGAAGCCCUUCCAUCAUUUACGUUCCGAAGGGGACUUUCUUAGUGAGCCAAGCUUCGUUCUUGGGUCCGUGCAAGAGUCCUGCUAUAAGGAUUUUGAUCAAAGGGACGAUCGUGGCCAAGUACGGCUAUGAUUCUUCACUGAAGUGGUUGUAUCUUAAGAACGUGGAUAAUGUGGGGAUCUUUGGAGGGACAAUCGACGGGAGGGGGAAGAGUUUGUGGGCUUGCAAGAUGGCUAGGAGGAGUUGCCCUAUUGGAGCCAUAUCAUUGACCAUAGCCAGUUCAAAGAACGUGGUGAUCAGCGGCCUAACGUCAGUCAACAGCAAACUAUUCCACAUAUCAAUCCAAUCAAGCAGUGAGAUCAGUAUCAGAAACAGUUGGCUUAUUGCACCAAAAGAGAGCCCAAAUACUGAUGGGUUCCACAUCCAAAGCUCCUCUGGUGUCUCAAUCACAGGAACAGUCAUAAAGACUGGUGAUGACUGUAUUGCAAUGAAGGCUGGAGUGAAAAAUGUGUGGAUUGAUCAUGUUUACUGUGGACCUGGACAUGGCAUUAGCAUUGGGAGCUUGGGAGACGUUAGAAAAGAGGAGGGUGUUCAGAACAUAACGGUGAAAUCCGUCGUGUUCAGUGGCACACAAAAUGGGCUCAGGAUCAAAACAUGGGGGAAGCCGAGUACAGGUUUUGUGAAGGGAGUCACUUUUCAGCAUUCAGUCAUGUAUAACGUUCGUAAUCCUAUUAUCAUCGAUCAGAAUUAUUGCCCUAGCAAGAUUAAUUGCCCAAAUCAGCAUUCGGGCAUUAAGAUCAGCGAUGUAUCAUUCAGCAACAUCAAAGGCUCAUCAGCGUCAAAAGUAGCAAUGACAUUUGAUUGUAGCAAGAAAAAUCCAUGCACUGGAAUUGGAUUAAAGAACAUAAAGCUGACGUAUGGAAAAAUAAAGGCAGAAUCUUUUUGUAGAAAUGCAGGGGGGAGGAGUUCCGGCUCUGUAAUCCCACCAAGCUGCCUCUAAACUAUGUACAUUCUACUAAGUUCUGAGGAUAUUUAUGUAUGAUGUAAAAUGUGAUGGCUUAAUACUCCCAAAGAAUGAUAUUUUAAGGAUUUCUUUGGUUAUUAAGCUGGUUGUUCUCCAUUUUCGCUUAU